ACAGCGUCGAGCGCCAAGUUCCUGUAAAGAAAACAUCAACAACAUGGCGGAAAAAGACACGGAAGUUACAUUUAAGAAGGAGACAGUAAGCAAACUGUUAUCAAGCUGCUUCAAGGAGGACAAAACCAGAUUAAGUGGCGAGGCUGCACUGCUCAUGGCGGAUAUGCUGAGAAUAUUUGUUCAAGAAGCGGCUGUGCGAUCGAUGAAACAAGCUGGAAGUGAAGACUGUGACCAAGUGGGCAUCGAACACUUUGAAAAGAUCCUACCUCAGCUGCUGUUGGACUUCUAGCACACUGCUGCCACAAGAUGGUGCCAGAGCGCUUCACUAGUGACUCCGGUCAUCCCCUUUUCUGUUGUCUUGUUUGUAAUUCUCCCUGACUGUAAUCACUGCAUUACAUGCCUUCCCCCGUA